CGGCCGCCCCAGUAGACAAGAAGAAAUGAAAAGAAACGCAGGGAUGGCGGAUAAACCAUAGUUUCACCGAAGCAAGCCCAUAAUAUUACCGGCAGUCAUGUAGAGAAAGCGGGAAAUACGAUCAGUGCCCUGCUACCAAAAUGGCAGAUGGUAGCCCUGUGGGCCCUGCCUGUUCUGACGACGGACUGACAGUCUUACAAGGUCAUGGUGGAGGAACAAUUAUGGUCCUCAAUGGAGAUCUUUGUCAGAACCCCCAACUGAAAAAGGCUCUUGAGGAGAAUCCCCAUCUUCUUGAAGGGGCCACUUGUCUACCUGCCUUGAGUAAUCAAAAGUCUGGGCUUGAGUGUAAAAAGGAGAGUGGAGAGGAGAGUGAUAGUUUAGCUCUCAGUGCUGCUGCUGAUGGAGUCCUGCUGGUGGCGACAGACACACAAAACACAGAUGGUACCUGGACAGACGGGACAGACCAAGAAAAAAGUCAUCAAGAGGGCAUAUUCUACAUACAUGCUGUGUCUAGUGGUCUAUCUGCAGUGGAGAGUGACCCUGCAAAAAGCUCACCAAGGCAUUAUGAAUGUGAUUAUGGAGGUGGCUGUGGGAAGACGUUUGCUACCUCAGCACAUUUAAAGUACCACACACGUACCCAUACAGGAGAGAAACCCUUUAUGUGUUCAUUUGAGGGAUGUGGUCGUACAUUUACCUCCUCUGGACACCUCAAGUAUCACCAAGGAACUCACAGUGGAGAGAAGCCAUUCAAGUGUCAGCAUCCAGGCUGUGAUAGGGUGUUUGCAUGGCCAGCACACCUCAAAUACCACAUGAAGACUCACCUUGGUGACCGGCCGUAUAAGUGCUCAUAUGAGGGAUGUGGAAAGAGCUUCUAUGUUCUACAGCGCCUCAACGUCCAUGCACGAACACAUACAGGUGAACGCCCAUAUACCUGUCAAGUCAAUGAUUGCAUGAAGUCCUUUACAACUGCUGGGAACCUCAAGAACCACAUGCGUAUACACACAGGGGAGCGUCCCUACAGAUGUCCGUUCGUAAACUGCCGGCGAUCGUUUACUGAACACUCGAGCCUGCGCAAGCACAAACUGACCCAUACUGGUGAGAAGCCAUACUCAUGCUCCAUCUGCGGGAAAACCUUCAGUCAAAGCGGUAGCCGUAACGCGCACCAGCGCAGACACUCCUUGUGGCAACAGCAGCCGCCCAAGCAGGGGAAGGAGGAGGACGAGGAGGAGCAGGAGCAAUUGGACGAAGGAGAAGACCCGAACCAGGAGUUGAUGUAUUCAGAUGACAUGACAACACAAACUACCACGGCCGAACACCACCUUGUUCUUAACCAACCCAUUGUUGCCAAGGAGGUUUCCAUAGAGACGACGCCUGUUCAAAACCUACACGCUGUGGUGCAAAGCGCGGCGGAGGAGCUCAUCGUUACACAGCAGCCCAUGUCGCAAUCUAACGCUGUCGUUGUAACGCUAGCAGAAACCGUUGCUGCACAGCAAGCACUGCUCCAAUCUAUGCUAGAUGGAACAGCUGUCAUCCCUACCAGUCAAACCGGUUUCCUAACCAGUCAGGCCGGACCAGGUGACGAAUUAUCCGUUGUGGAGCAUGUGCUUGAGCAUCACGAUGUUGAACAGAUGAUGCGGAGUGUAGGACAGCACAUUCUUAAUGGACAGAUGCCAAUAACAGAGUCUACGACAAUAACAGCUGACGUACCAAACUAUAUUGUUCAGUCUGAGCAUGUGCAGAGUAUGCCCAUCACACGAGGGGAAGGAUCAUCUAUCCGCAAUAAUGCUAACAUAAAAAAUGACUUUCUCCAAGAGGAGAACUACAAUUGUGAAGCAAAAUGCCCCCAGUGACCUAUAUACCAUAUACUUUUGUCGUAUAUUAUUAUACGACAAAAAUGUGAUAAUGCCAUAAAAACUGACGUACAUUUUGUAAGCCAUUAAUACAACUUAAUUUAUACAUAUAUAUUACAACCAAAUAUAAGGUAGCCUUUUAUGAUCUAUAAUUCGUCGCGUCGCAGUUGCAAAAGUCAAGGGAAGCGAGAUCUGGAAGAAAUAAUUUUUCUAAAAGCAUGGGUUUCAAGUCUUAGUCUUAAAUGGACAGAAAUCCGGAGUAAACUUAGCAAUACAGAGUUUUAUUUAACAAAAGCGUAGAUUAAUAGUAUUUCUGUCAGUAGUCAGCUAAUUAUUUCCUUUCGGUACUAAAACUAGUAUCUUUUAAUAAUAUGUACGGUACUAAAACUAGUAUCAUUCAAUAAUAUAUACGGUACUAAAA